CAGACAAGAUUUACUCGAAUCCUCUGAGAAAAACUAAAGGAGUCAAGCCUAAUUUGAGGGAAGGAGCUGGGGUGGAAGAACACAGGCCUGCUGUCAGCCGUGGGUCCACUGCGCCUCCUAAGGUUCGCUCCCAGGAGCACGGCAGGAAGAAAAGACACCAUUCUAUACAGGAUCUUCAGUUGGACUUUGUGCAUGGUUACCGUGGGUUUGAUACCAGAAAUAAUCUGCACUAUUUGUCUGAUGGUAAUGUCAUAUUCCACGCUGCUGGGGCGUGUGUUGUUCUCAGUACAGCCAAUGGCGAACAGUCAUUCUACUUGGAACAUACUGAUGACAUCAUUUGCUUAGCUGUCAAUCAACACCCUAAGUUUAAGAACGUUGUAGCCACCGGUCAAAUAGGUAACGACCCUGUGGUUCACGUGUGGGAUGCUGAAACGAAAGACACACUGUCUGUGAUCCAGGGAUUGCAUACCAUGGGAGUAUGCGCAGUAGACUUUAGUGCUAGUGGUAAAUUACUACUAACAGUAGGACUAGAGGAGUCUCACAGUGUUGGUAUAUGGAAGUGGACUGAUGGAAGCAAGCUUGCCAGUUCUGAUGGACAUACGGAGCGUAUAUUUGACGCGCAGUUCAGACCUGAUACAGACAACAAGUUUGUCACUUGUGGAGUCAAACAUGUGAAAUUUUGGACAUUGGCUGGUGGUCAACUUAUAGCUAAACGUGGUAACUUAACCACUGGAACCAAUGAAAAGCUACAGACGAUGUUAUCAGUGGCAUUUGGAGCGGACAAUUUAACGUUCACUGGAGCAAUGAAUGGUGAUGUGUACGUUUGGUCGGGUCACAAGUUAGCACGUGUCGUAUCUAAAGCUCACAGCGGUCCAGUGUUUACGAUGUACACAACUCUUAGCGAUGGGCUGAUAGUUUCUGGUGGCAAGGAAAAGAAUGGCGAAGGAGCAACGAUUAAACUUUGGGACCAAGAAAUGAAGCGAUGUAAACCGUUUGCUUUGGGAGGUGCUACUGGUUCUAAAGUCGUUAAAUCUGUGUCAAGAGGAAAGGGUAAAAUCCUUGUUGGUACCAAAGACAACGAAAUCGUAGAAGUCAACGAGAAGACGGCAAAUGCUCAGACUCUUAUCCGAGGACAUGGAGAGGGAGAGAUAUGGGGACUAGCCUGCCAUCCAGAACGUGACGUCUUUGUUUCAGCAAGUGAUGACCAGACUGUUAGAUUAUGGGACAUCACGAAAAAGGUUCAGUCCCGAUGGGAAAUACCUCGCAGUUGGMUCAGAAGACCACUGCGUGGACCUGUAYGAAAUCCAACAUGGCCACCCUCUCAAGCGA